CGACACGACCAGGCGCCGCCGCGGCGCUGCACCGGGUGCCGUGUGUGGACGUAGAGUGAGCGGGGCGGACCGAGACGCGUCGGCCGCCGCCAGUACCGGCUCGAGGAGAUACCCUCAGCAGGAUGCCUUGAGCCAGCGGCAUGUCGGGCCGCAAGCUGUUCUCGCGCACUCAGAAGCGCGGCUCCGAGGGCGGCAGCAAGGCAGCCGUGCGCUAUACGCCCUGCUCGCGCCAGGAGCUGCGCCUCGAGGAGGAGCUCGAUGACAUCGCCGUCGUCUCCAACGCUGAUCCGGGCCAAGUGCGCUACGGCUCCGGCUCCGUCACCGCCAACGGGCCCAAGGUGGUGCCAGGCAUUAUCACCUCAUCCCGGGGCGCGCAGGAGCGGCUGAGCUCGUCCAGCACGCGGCUCAACGCCACCAGCCCGGGCACCGCCGCUAAGGCGUCGGUCGACUCGCUCAAGUGUCGCUCGGGCUCCAAACAGUCGCUGAUCGAGCUGGUGUCAAGCCGUUUCAGCGUGCGCGGCGGCAAGCGCUUCAGCCGCGACUCCUUCAGCAGCUCGUACAUCAACCGGGCGCAGAUCUCCGAGCUGGACAUCCCGCGCAAGACGCGCGAGGCGCGCCGCAGGGAGAUCCGUACCAAGCUGCUGGACGGGUACCGGCGCGAAGAGGGACGCGGCGGGUGCCGGUGGACGUUCGUGUUCGACCCGGCCGGCCGGCUCUGUUACUACUGGAGCAUGGUCGUGUCGCUGGCGUUCCUCUACAACUUCUGGGUGAUCAUCUACCGAUGUGCUUUCCGUGAAAUCGAGCCCGACACCGUGGUGGUGUGGUUCAUUCUGGACUACUUGUCGGACCUCAUCUACGCGCUGGACAUCGCGUUUCACUUCCGCACGGGGUAUCUCGAGGACGGUGUGCUGCAGACGGACUCUGUCAAGCUGCGCACGCACUACAUGAACUCCACCACAUUUUAUAUCGACGCGCUCUGCCUUUUGCCGUUGGACUUCUUGUACUUGUCAAUAGGUUACAAUUCGAUCUUGCGCUGCUUUCGGCUCGUGAAGAUCUACCGUUUCUGGGCGUUCAUGGACCGAACAGAGCGGCAUACCAACUACCCGAACGUGUGGCGAACCGUCUCGCUCAUCCACUACUUGUUGGUGUGCUUCCACUGGAACGCCUGCCUCUACCACAUCAUCUGCCUCAACGAGGGCUUUUCGAGGGAGUUCGCACCGCCGCACAAUGCCAGCCAGGACGACGUGGUGCUGGAGCACCUGCAGGCGCUGUACUGGUGCACGCGCGCGCUUACCACCAUCGGCGACCUGCCGCAGCCGGUCAACAAGGGCGACUACCUCUUCAUCGUGACGCAGCUGCUGUUCGGCAUGUUCCUGUUCGCCGCCGUGCUCGGACACGUCGCCAAUAUCGUGGCCAACGUCAGUGCCGCACGUAAAGAGUUCCAAGCAAAACUUGACGCGGUGAAGACAUACAUGCGAAUGCGAAGAGUGCCAAGUCAUCUGCAAAACAAGGUGAUCAAGUGGUUCGACUAUCUCUGGCUUACUCAGAAGAGCUCGGACGAAGAAAAGUCCGUCAGCUGUUUACCAGAUAAGCUAAAAGCGGAGAUAGCCAUCCACGUGCAUCUGGACACCCUGAAGAGAGUGGAGAUAUUCCAGAACACCGAGGCGGGAUUCCUUUGCGAGCUGGUGCUCCGUCUCCGACCGGUUCUCUUCUCUCCUGGCGACUAUAUAUGCAGGAAAGGCGAGGUGGGCAAGGACAUGUACAUCGUCAACAAGGGUCGGCUGCAGGUGGUCGGCGACGACGGCAAGCAGGUGCUGGCCACGCUCAAGGCCGGCUCCUACUUCGGAGAGAUCUCCAUCCUCAACAUGGGCACUGCCGGCAACCGACGCACGGCGUCCGUGCGGUCGGUGGGCUACAGCGAUCUGUUCGUUCUGACCAAGAAGGACAUGUGGGAUGUGCUCAAGGAGUACCCGGCAGCUCGCGUGCGUCUGGAAGCCAUCGCUACCAAGCGUCUGGAGAAAAACAAGAAAGGCCCGCUGGACAGAGCCAAGAUGCUGCACCCGCUGCCGACGGUGAACGGCAUGACCCUGGGCCGGUGCAACUCGACGCCGGGCCUGGUGGAGAGCUCGGGCCGGGUCAGCCUGCAGGAGAUGUGGCUCAGCGAGCGCGGCGCGACCCGCAAACACUCGGUCUUCAGCGUCGGCAAGACCUGCGUCAGCCCCGACUCCAGGUACCAUGACACGCGGAGUCACACCAUGGACUCAGUGCUGUCUGAGACGUCCAGCGAAGGCAAACUCAAGCCUCCAGUGCCGUCCAUAAUCAGAACGAGUGCGUCGCCUGGGGCGGUGUCGCCGCAGCCAUCGCCAGCGUUCGGCCGGGGCAUGCGUCUGACGCCCAGCACGCUCGAGGCGUCACCAGCCUCCACUUGCGACCGCCACUUCUUCCAGGGCUUUGACGACUCCCGGUCAUACACAGGUCCUCUGCCACUAAGCGCCAGUCCGUCCUACCACCGGCCGUGCAGCCGGCCGUGCAGCCCGAGCCAGCUGUCGCGUGACGCGCCACAGGAUCUGCUGAUGGCCGAGAUCCGGCGGCUGCGCGAGCGGCUGACCGAGCUCGAGGGCGAGAACCACUCCAUGAGCGUCAAGCUGAGCCAGCAGCAGUGGGAGGUGGAGCACCGGCUGGCCGAAAUCGAGAUGCAGAUCUGCGGCGGCAGUUCGGUCGGCAGCAACAGCGAGGACAACGAGAAGAACCAGGAGUCUGCUAUCUGAGCCCCGGGUUGUGGGCGGCGGCGCGCGCCGGCCACCUGGACGGGAGGUCCGAGCGCAUCUGCAUGACUGGCAAAUCCGGCGUGGGCAGACCCGGUCUGGGCAGAUCCGGUUUGGGCAGAUCUCGGUCAGGGCAGAUCCGGCGUGGGCAGAUCCAGUCUGGGCAGAUCCGGCGUGGGCAGACCCGGUUUGGGCAGAUCCGGUGUGGGUAGAUCCGGUGUGGGCAGACCCGGUCUGGGCAGACCUGAUCUGGGCAGACCUGAUGUUGGCAGAUCCAGUGUGGGCAGACCCGGUUUGGGCAGAUCCGGUUUGGGUAGACCCGGCUAAUAUGAUGAUAUCUGGGCGUCACUGACGCAGUUCGAACGGGCAGACACCAUCGUCUCGUGACAACGGCGCGGGUCCCAGAGGAAGACAUCGGGGCCUCGCGGUCCAUGGGCUCAGCAUGAAUCGGAAGGCAUUUACGUCUGUACUUCCUUGGCACAGCUUCCACAGAUAUCAAUACCUUGACUUCCGCGGUCCAGUUCAUGACAAUGUGACAAUGUGAGAGCCACCCAUCGAAGCGUCAGCUUCCCGGCGUCGGGUUCUCGUUGGACUGAGGUGAUCACAGUCCACCUUCGCAACGCGUCACAAUCUCGUGCGGUGCCUGCUGUUCGGUCGUUCCUCCACUGGGGUGAUCAGUCGCCAGGUUGCACGCGCCUGGGGCAGGCCAGAGCCGCCGCUACCGGAGCACUCAAGGCACCGCUCUUGGAACGGCGGCGCCGGGCGGCACUGGAGCGCCGUUCGCCACCGCCGGCGCGCCGGACAAUGAUCGGAGUUGGAUGUGAUGGGCGGCCUUACGAGGCCUGGCCGACGCCGCGCCGCAAUUGGAUCGCCGCGGCGGCCGCCUCCAGGCGACUUCGAUUUGGCAUGGAUGCGCCCCAGUGCCCUUGAAACAGAAACGACGUGGCGAGAGGCCAUCAGAUAGGCCGAGGCCGCUGGAUCAAAACGGUUCACUCAUUCGGCUAUUCGUCCGGCCGAUCGUGGGCUCGGAGCACGAGCGAGAGCGCUCGUACCCCACAGGGCUUUGGAUCAGACGCUGCACGCCCACGCUGGCGCUGCUUCUCCGGCGAACGCGCAGCGCAGAAGAGCGCCGCGCACCGGGCAGUGAGCGCGCGCCACGGCCCGGUUGUGACCUGCUCUGCGUUAGUACACAGACGCGGCCGGCCGACGGUGACGCUCCAGCUGGGCGCCGCCGACCGACUGCCGCCCCAUGGUCCCGCACCGCACCUGCUCGGGGUCGUAACCCUCCGUCGUCGUGACCCGGCGCUCACCGCGAGACUGACUCGCCGGCUGCCGCUGGUCGCAGCCCCAGCCGAGGUUGAGCCCAGCCCACCGCUCGGCGUCUGGUGACGUCACCGGUUACCGCCAGCGACCGACGCUUGCCCGCGCUGCGCCGCCAAGGCGACGGCAGCGGCCGGUCUGUUUUGAAUAGUCGGCGGCUGGUCGUGAGCUGGGAGGCUGUUUGUCACGGUCGGACGGCGACGCCUCGUCCGUCUGAGCAAGGGUAGCCCGCAUCUCCGUCGCUGUGAGGCGGUACCGCCGACCCCCCGCCCGACCGUUGGUGGGGGAGGGCUGGGCGGGUGCAGGAUAAUGCAGAGUGACAGUGACGGUCCGUCCGCACGACUUGCUGCGUCAUCAGUGAAACGCUGCGAGCCUGGCGUCGGAGAGCGGGGCUCGCGAGCUGUGGGGGACGGGCGGGAGACGGGUCCGGCCCCUGCUCAGCGGGCGGAGCCGGUACACGUGCGCAGUUGGGUCAAGCUGAGCCGGCCGACGGCGCCAGUCUGCACACUGCUGCGACAAUCAGUCUCGGACUGCUCAUAACGACGGCCCGGGAGUGGCUCGCCCGGUCGGCCGCGGCCGCUGCGGCCAGUCCGCAAGAGGGGGAGAACGGCGCCGGACGAGCAGAGACUCCGAUCCGUCCGGGUUCCCAGGGCGCCGUGCCUCGCCGCCGCGGCAAGUGCGCCGCUGGAGGGCGGGCCAGCGGCGCCUGUGGCCAGCCGAGUUGCCUGAGGCUUACGGCGGGCGCGAGGCCUGACGCCGGAGGCGGUGACUGGCCGCCUGAUCAGCUGAGCGUCCGCCUGGGGCAGCGGUGGCUGCGAGCCCUGCCGGUUGUGAUACGGACGCGUGGGUCGCUCCAGUUCGGAGACGUCUAGCGGCAUAGCGGUGCUCCUCUCUGGCACCGGCCGCAUUUGUCUGCGCCGCCGAUCUUACACCAAUCAAAAGUGGUCGCGCGCGAAUUUUUCCAUUAGAGCGCGCGGCACUGCACUGAGGUAUGGUCUGUCGGUAAGGCGACGGGCGGGCGGCGCCCGUGACGAAAGUGGCGCGUUUGAGGCGAUCCUUGUACAUACCAAUGCUUCGUCUUAUCAUUGUUACAAAUCACUUUCAAUUUUGUCAUUCAUUUGUUGUGAAAUAUGA